UCUUAAAGUAUUUUUAUCACCAUUUGUUUAAAUUCACGUAUUUCUUCUCUCUCCCUCCCUUUCUCUUCUCCCCUUCUAUUUUACGCCCCUCCUCUGUUCUUCGCUCUCUCCACUCUGUUUCCACAGAGAGAAAAAAACAGCAUGAAGAAAAUCCGCAACUCGAUCCUACUCUUAUCAAUCUUUCUGGCAGUUUCAGCAGCGGAACCGAUUCCUUCCGCCGCCUACGACCGGGUGCUGUUCCCGGACCGCCGAUGCCAGAAGUCGGUGUCGGAGAACAAGACGCGAGGAGGAUCCUCGGCGGCGGCGGCGGCGGCGGAUCUGAUGGAAGUUAGUUAUCGGUAUCCUCUCGCCAAGACCGGUAUUCGAUCUGGAUCGACACGGGGAGUCCGCCUUUGCGAUCAGAGCAGCCUUGAACGCACUUUCCCAUCCAGGAGACUAACUCAAGGUGAUGAAGUAUGUCUGACUAUGUGUGAAGUGACAGGGGUGGUGCAUUUCACAAAUCAUGAAGAGACAUCAAGGUUUUCUAUAUGGCUUCUGAGCAUUUUCUGAUCCACGUACAAAAGGAAGGCUCAAAGGUUUAUAAUUACAAAACUUAAUCUCAAAUAGGAUCAGAUUAAGAAUGGUGUUCCACUUCAAGUUUAUAAUGUGAAUUAUGCAACCAUGAUUGUGUAGUCACCCAGUGACAUACGUUAGAGAGGAAAUGAAGCGAGCGGCAGAAAAUUAAACAAGUUGUACAUCUUGCCAAGGUUGUUCUAGAGAGGGACGCUUGUCAACAUUAUAAAAUGUUUAAAGCAGAAUGUAUUUACCAAACUGAAAAGCUUACCUCUAAAUUCUACCGUCGAUGGCCUUCAUCAACCAAGAGAAAUUCUCAAGGAACUCCGGCAAAGUAGAAGAAUCAGCAAGAACCAUUUUAUAUGUAGUUAAAAGCAUUGUUACAAUAAGGGGUGUAAAAGUAAUAUAUAAGGGAGGAGUAGAGGGGACAAUUCACAUAAAAUACAAGGGGUGCAAAUCAGAGAUAGAUCCAAAGGGUUCAAAUAAGGGUCUUAACCCUCCUCUCCCAUCUUCUCUUUUUAAGGAUUCUUUGUGUAUAUAUAAGGAUUCUUUGAUAAUUUCAAUUGUUCAGCAAAUACAAAGGAAUCAUCCUGAUCCUUACUCAAUGAAUCUACAUGAUUUCCUUUCUUACUUUGUUUUUUGGUAUUGAUCUUCUGUGUACAUGAAUCCUUUUAGUGUUUUUCAAUAUUCCUUCUUCGUCAUAACUCUUGACAGAAUUUUGAUGAUCAUGGAUUAGAUUUUCAAUUGAUUCAACAUCCAAAUCAUUAGCACCGGUAGAACUAUCUUCUCUGUCUUCAUCCACCAAAAUUUCAUCCACGAGAUUUCAGCAAUUUGUGCUUUUAUGAAGUUCAUUUGAUGUGUCUUUCAUGCAUCAAAGUUUCAUACACAGUAUUCAUGUUUGGACUGCCACUGUCACUGCCUCGUGCACUUCAAAUAUAUGGUUGCCAACAAAUAGAAUGUUAGAUAUUAAUUAGAAAAAUAAUAAUAACAAGUUUUAUGAGCCUUAAAUUGUGGAAGAUGAAAGUUGUAAAGUUGUAAGUUACAAAGUCUUGAAUAAGCAAUUAUGUGAGCAUUCAGUAUUCUUGAAUAAGCAAAUUAUGUGAGUAGUCACUCUAUUCUAGUAUAAAUAGGGGAUCAUACUCUUGUAUUUUGUGUGUCAAAUGAAAUAAAAUCUUCUUCUUCUUCCAACAAAGUGGCAUCAGAGCUUGAGUUCUAGAGUGUUGAGAGAGAAACACUUUGUGAGUUGAGAGAUGGCAAGCAAUGGCUUGAGUAUGUUUCAAUUCCCUCGUCUUACCAAAGAGAAUUAUGAUAAUUGGUGUCGUCGCAUGAAAGCCUUGUUAGGUUCUCAAGAUACAUGGGAGAUUGUAGAGAAAGGUUAUACCCAACCUCAAAAUGAGGCUAUUUUGUCACCAAAUGAGAAGGAGACUUUGUUGAAGUCGAAGAAGAAGGAUCAACAAACACUUACUUUCAUUCAUCAAGGUUUGGAUGAAGCUAUGUUCGAGUUGGUGUCAAAUGCAACCACAUCUAAAGAAGCAUGGGAGAUUUUGAAAACCUCCCUUGAAGGUGUUGAUAAGGUAAAAAAGGUGCGCCUACAAACUCUACAUAGAGAGUUUGAAUCAUUGCAUAUGAAGGAAUCCGAAUCUAUCUCAGAUUUUGGCAACAAGGUGUUGGCUAUUGUGAACCAAAUGAAGCGUUAUGGAGAAAAUAUGGAAGAUGUUCAUGUGGUGGAAAAGAUCCUUCGCUCCUUAAUCGCUAAAUUUGAUUAUGUGGUUUGUGCUAUUGAAGAGUCUAAGGAUUUAGACUCAAUGACCGUAGACCAAUUGAUGGGUUCUCUUCAAGCCUAUGAAGAAAGGUUCAAUAGAAGACAUGAUGAGCCAUUGGAGCAAGUCCUCAAAGCCAAAGCUUCUUUGAAACAAAAUGGAGGAGAAAGUAGUCAAAAAGCACGUGGACGUGGAAGAGGACGUGGUCGUGGACGUGGUCAUGGCCAAGGAAGAGGAGGAAGAGGAGAUCGUGAUAAUUUUGAUAAUAAUGAAUGGAGGAGUCAUCAAUCCACUAGAAGUCAUGGAAGUACUUGUCAAUGCGAGUAUUCCAUGCCCUCGGUGCUUGCUUUAGACCAUACAACGCCUUGUUCAAUUUCAAGACUUUUCCUUCUUGACCUUCGAUGACAAAACCCAUUGGUUGUUCAACAUAGACAUCUUCUUCAAGAUAGCCAUUUAGAAAUGUCGAUUUUACAUCAAGCUGAAAAAUUCUCCACUUCAUUUGAGCUGCCAAGGAAAUAUGAAGACGAAUGGUCUCCAUGCGGGCAACCGGUGCAAACACUUCAUCAUAAUCAACUCCAUAUUAUUGCUUAUAACCUUUAGGGACAAGUCUUGCUUUGUGUCUCUCAACCUCUCCUUUUGCAUUCUUCUUGAUUUUGAACACCCAUUUGACUCCAAUUGCUUCAUGACCUUUGGGAAGGCUUGAUAACUCCCAAGUGUUGUUCUUCUCAAUGGCUUUGAUUUCUUCUUCCAUGGCUUGUCUCCACCUUUUGUCUUUCAUUGCUUCAUCAAAGUUUAAGGGUUCACUGUCAACAAAAAGACAAAACAAAUCAUUUAUAACUUCAGUUUCAUCAUAUAAUUCUUGAAUAUUUCUCAUUCUUCUUGGCCUUUCACUUGAACUCCCUUCGGAAGAUGAUGAGGCUUCAUUGGUUGAAGGAGUUGGUGAAAGUGCUGGAGUUGAAUCAUUUGGAGUCAUGGCUUCUUCAUCUAUUUCUUCAAAAUACGGGGAAAAAUCAUAAGUGUCUUCUUUCUCCUCCCAAUUCCAUGUGCCUUCUUCAUAGAACUCGACAUCUCGGCUCACAAUUGUCAUUCCAUUGUUUGGAUUGUACAAUUUGUAGCCUUUUGAGCUUGCAUCAUAGCCAAUGAACACAUGUUUCUCACUUCGAUCAUCAAGCUUGAAUCUUCCUUGGUCGGGUACACGAGCAUAUGCAAUGCUCCCAAAUACUCUCAAAUGAUCAACUCUUGACUUCACUCCACUCCAUGCUUCUUGUGGUGUUUGAUCUUUGACAUUCUUUGUUGGGGAGCGAUUGGACAAAUAAAUAGCACAUGCAACAGCUUCGGCCCAAAAUUCCUUUGGCAUAUUUUUAGCCUUCAACAUACAUCUAGUCAUAUUAAGAAUAGUUCUAUUUUUUCUCUCCGCUACCCCAUUUUGUUGUGGAGAUCUAGGAACCGUUAGAGGGCGACGAAUCCCAUAUUUUUCUCAAAAUUCAUUAAAUUCUUUUGAUGUGAAUUCGCCACCUCUAUCGGAUCUUAGAGCUUUGAUUACAUAACCACUCUCCUUUUCCACAAGAGCUUUAAAAAUUUUAAAAACUACAAAUGCCUCAGAUUUUUGCUUUAGAAAAUAAACCCAAGUCUUUCUACUAUAAUCAUCAAUAAAAAGCAAGAAAUAUUUAUUGUUACCACAUGAAGGAGAAUUGAUUGGGCCACACACAUCGGUGUAAACAAGUUGGAGAGGCUCCUUUGCUCUUGAAUUAGCUUCUUUUGGAAAACUCCUUCUUGCAUGCUUUCCAAGGAGACAUGCUUCACACAAUUGAUUAGGAUGAAAAUUACAUGGAAGUGACUUUGCAAAAGGAAAGCACAAAGAUCUAUGUUGAUAAUAGAUCUGCACAAGAGCUUGCCAAGAAUUCGGUGUUCCAUGAACGAAGUAAGCAUAUAGAUACAAGGUAUCAUUUCAUUAGAGAGUGCAUUACCAAGAAAGAAGUAGAAUUGACUCAUGUGAAAACUCAAGAUCAAGUUGUGGAUAUUUUCACCAAGCCUCUCAAAUUUAAAGAUUUUUGAAGAUUGCAAGCAAGACUUGGUGUGCAUAAGAAUUUUCCAAUUAAGGGAGGAUGUUAGAUAUUAAUUAGAAAAAUAAUAAUAACAAGUUUUAUGAGCCUUAAAUUGUGGAAGAUGAAAGUUGUAAAGUUGUAAGUUACAAAGUCUUGAAUAAGCAAUUAUGUGAGCAUUCAGUAUUCUUGAAUAAGCAAAUUAUGUGAGUAGUCAUUCUAUUCUAGUAUAAAUAGGAGAUCAUACUCUUGUAUUUUGUGUGCCAAAUGAAAUAAAAUCUUCUUCUUCUUCCAACAUAGAAGACAAUGAGUAGUCUGAACUGAGAAAAAUAUGACUAAAGGAGUAGCUGGAACAAUGAUUUUGGUCUAAUCUAUGGAGGAACCAGCUGAAGAAGAUACCUCACAGUCCCUCAUGAACCGGUGAGGCAUGAUUGAUAGGAUUUUAGUAUUAGAGGUCCAUCGACAGCAAUCUGAUGAAAAGUAAUUAAAUUAUAAUAUAAACAAUGCGUAACUUUUUUUUUUUUUUUGUAUAGAGCACAAGUAUAUUUUCUACCAGUGGCAAUCUUGCUCGAACCGGGUAGAACCAUCACUCGCUCGGUGGAAAUAAUGUUGGUUAAUUUGAUAAUCGAGAUAAUACUGGAUAAAUCUGAAGUCGUGUAUAACACUUUCAGAUUGAAUCAAAUUUCGGGGUUCAACCAAAAUUGUUCAAUCAGAUAAAAUCAGAAGAUUAUAAUUCAAGAGUUUUGUUUUGGUCUUGUAUGUUUUGUCACCCGUUAUGCCUUUUCAAUUGAGGAGUCGCUAAGGGCUCAGGAAAUUGACAAAGUCAAUGAUAAAAAUGUAGCAGGUUCCUCUUUCGUUAAUAUGGUAGAUGAAAGUGGAACAGUUAAGCAAAAUUACAAUG